GGAGCAUAUUUGUGUUUUGGUGUUUUGUUUAUUUAAUUUAAAAAAAAAUCACAUUAACUUUUCUAACCCAGUUUAGGAAUAAUGUAUGAAAUGGAGUAUGAAAUGAACAGCUUAUUGGAGUUGCAAGUCUUGGGGCUUGGGUAGUUUUAAUUUUUAUCCCUUUUGCUGGAGAGCAAGGAAAGAACUUUAAUACACAGAAAUAUUUCAAGUUUUGAAAUGUUAAGAAAAGCUUUGACGUACUGCUUUUUGAGGUCACUUUGGAUUAAAAUGCUUUAUGUUGUUGUUGUUCACUGCUGUUUAGAUUCCUUUUGCUUUGGGGGUCGGGGAGAAAUGGUAAACUCUGGAAUCCACAUUAAAACUUACAUGAGAAGAUUAUUCUAGUUGAGAAGCUGGGUUGUUGUGUAAUUAAUUCCACUGUGAAACUUUAUUCUUCAAAAACAUUCGGCAGCACUGCUGAAACAUACAGCUGUGGUGCUUUUGAAACCGAAGGUUUUUUAAAAAGGGAGGAAAAAAAAAAACAACACAAGAAAACUUUUGUCCUCAAGAGAAUAGUUUGACUGGCUUCCUCAUUUCUCUUUCCAAUAUAUAUUUAAGAGAUCUUUUAUUUCAGCAUAACAAUAAUUAUUUGCAGGAGUUUUUGUGUUAGCGACUAAUUUAGAACUUGUAGGGUUGAGCUGCCUGAAUUGGCCAGACAGCUGUAAUCGCACUCCUCUGUUCUUAAUCUCUUUAUCUGGGCAGCAGCUGCCAUAUGGCCACCGUCAGCUGGAUCAGAUGUUUAUAAGCUUCCUUCUUCGGCCCUCUCUGUCCUCUCAGCCUCCUAAUUUGAUCACGGCUACCUUGUUAUGAGGACAGCAUGGAGUUCCCAGACCACAGCAGACAUUUGCUGCAGUGUCUGAGCGAGCAGAGGCACCAGGGCUUCCUUUGUGACUGCACGGUGCUGGUGGGAGAUGCCCAGUUCCGCGCGCACCGCGCCGUGCUGGCUUCGUGCAGCAUGUACUUCCACCUCUUCUACAAGGACCAGCUGGACAAAAGGGACAUUGUUCAUCUGAACAGCGACAUUGUUACCGCCCCGGCCUUCGCUCUCCUGCUUGAAUUCAUGUAUGAAGGGAAACUCCAGUUCAAAGACUUGCCCAUUGAAGACGUGCUCGCAGCUGCCAGCUAUCUCCACAUGUAUGACAUUGUCAAAGUCUGCAAGAAGAAGCUGAAAGAGAAAGCCACCACCGAGGCCGACAGCACCAAGAAGGAGGAAGACGCCUCGAGCUGCUCGGACAAAGUCGAGAGCCUCUCCGAUGGCAGCAGCCACAUGGCUGGCGACCUGCCCAGCGACGAAGAGGAGGGCGAAGAGGAGAAACUGAGCCUCCUGCCCAGCAAAAGGGACUUGGCCGGCGAGCCCGGGACCAUGUGGAUGCGCUUGCCCUCGGACUCAGCAGGCAUCCCCCAGGCGGGCGGGGAGGCCGAGCCGCACGCCACAGCAGCUGGAAAAACAGUAGCCAGCCCCUGCAGCUCCACCGAGUCUUUGUCCCAGAGGUCUGUCACCUCCGUGAGGGAUGCGGCAGAUGUUGACUGCGUGCUGGACCUGUCUGUCAAGUCCAGCCUUUCGGGCGUUGAGAAUCUGAACAGCUCUUAUUUCUCUUCACAGGACGUGCUGAGAAGCAACCUGGUGCAGGUGAAGGUGGAGAAAGAGGCCUCCUGUGAUGAGAGCGAUGUUGGCACUAAUGACUAUGACAUGGACCAUAGCGCGGGGAAAGAGAGUGUGGGCGCUCCUCCCAGGGUCCAGUACGAGCCGGCCCACCUGGCUCCGCUGAGGGAGGACUCGGUCCUGCGGGAGCUCGAGCGGGAGGACAAAGCCAGCGACGACGAGAUGCUGACCCCGGAGAGCGAGCGCGGGCCGGUGGAGGGCGGCAUGGAGAGCAGCCUGCUGCCCUACGUCUCCAACAUCCUGAGCCCGGCCGGCCAGAUCUUCAUGUGCCCGCUGUGCAACAAGGUCUUCCCCAGCCCGCACAUCCUGCAGAUCCACCUGAGCACGCACUUCCGCGAGCAGGACGGCAUCCGCAGCAAGCCGGCCGCCGACGUCAACGUGCCCACCUGCUCGCUGUGCGGCAAGACCUUCUCCUGCAUGUACACGCUCAAGCGCCACGAGAGGACCCACUCGGGCGAGAAGCCCUACACCUGCACCCAGUGCGGCAAGAGCUUCCAGUACUCGCACAACCUGAGCCGCCACGCCGUGGUGCACACCCGCGAGAAGCCGCACGCGUGCAAGUGGUGCGAGCGCAGGUUCACGCAGUCGGGGGACCUGUACAGACACAUCCGCAAGUUCCACUGUGAGUUGGUGAACUCCUUGUCUGUCAAAAGCGAAGUGCUGAGCUUGCCCACUGUCAGAGACUGGACCUUAGAAGAGAGCUCGCAAGAACUCUGGAAAUAAUUUUAUAUAUAUAUAUAUAUAAAUCAUAUAUAUAUAUAUACAUAUAUAUACAUAGAUCUCUAUAUAUAGUUGUGGUACGGUCUAAAAGCAGUCUUGUUUCCUGGAACUAAAAAGUUGGGAUAUUAACUUGUUUUUGCACUUUAGAAUAGCAUGAGAAUCUCACUAACUUAGCAUCCUGAUAAAAGAAACUUUAGGGCAAGUCAGAAUAGAGAGGUGUUUUUCUCUGAGGGGUAGGGGAAGUAAGCCAGUAAGAACCUUUGAAACAAAUCGUCCUAUCGCAGAAGGCGUGCAUAGGGCUUCGUUUUGUCAACGCUGCAUUGUCUCGAGGUCCUUCCCCCCCCCCCCCCCCCCCCCACACACACACUUUUUUUGUUUGGAAGUAGAAAUUCCCUCCAGUUUUAUUAGCCUCUUUCUAUGUCUCAAAUUGCAUGAAUCUUUUCUGGCUGUUGGAAACGGGAAUGCUUUUAGACCCAAAUGGAAAAUUUCUGAAAUGCUGGAUUAUCUAUUUUUAAACAAGCAGUUGACUUAAAACUUUCUGUGGCAACUUCUGGUUUCCUGACGGUUCCCAGUGAGAGCAAUGAUGAGCGUACACUGGGUCACUGGGACCCUGUCUUUGUGAAGGUUUGCUGGGGAUGAAGAGGCUAGUGCAGCUUCAGCAGUGUUGAACUGUGUUGAAAAUGUGAAUUACUGUCAUUGUAUACUGUAAUUGAUUACACGGGCUGGGGGGGGUGUCAAAGAACUUGACAGGUUGUGUUGAUGCUCUUAGUUGAGUCUUGAAGAGUAAAUAUUAACGCUACAGAAAUGCAUGAGUUUCGAUAUAUUUUUGUCUUUGUUUGCAUUGUAUAACUUUAACGAGUGAGUUUAAAAUUAUUUAAUUUCCUUAGAAAAAAAAAUAGCACCAUUCGGAAAAUAACCUGGUGUUAUGAAGAACGUAAAUGCACUGUUUUUAUUUUUAUUUUAUAUAAUUUAAAUCGACUUUCCCACUGUUUUUAAGUUGAAACUGUUAAGCUGAAUAAAAACGUAAGCUGCAAAUUGAUAACUUCGCUACAUAACAAGGAAAAUAUAAAUGUUUACAAACGGCUUAAAGAUUUGCAUGUGCAGUGUGCAUUUAUAACAAACUUCUGAUGGCACGGAACCCGCGCCGGCUCCAAGUUUAGGUGUACCCAUUUAUACCCAGUUGAGCAUCUUUAGAAUAACUACUGCACAAAUUGACAAUAGGUCAUUCUUUUUUCUUUUGCUCCCCUUCUUCCUCGCCCGCCCUCCCUAUCCCACCUCCCACCCCCUCCCCCGACUCAUGAAAAGAUUCUAUGGACUGAAAAAGCCCCAGGCUGAAAGGACUGGACUGCCUUGAUUGACGUGGGGAAGGGGGUUAGUAGACUAUGGAUCGCGGCAGAGGCUGCCGCCCAGCGUGCGCUGUGGUGACCACGCGGGGCAAGAGCAUUUUGCACAGUGUUUGUUUUCCUGUCUUGCACUUACAAAUAAGGUCUAUGGGAGUAGCAUGGAAAACGUUUGCUGUUUUUCCCUUUUUUUUUUUUUUUAAUUGCUUUUGUUUAAAAUUUGAUCGCCUUAACUACUGUAAACAUAGCCUAUUUUUGUGCUUAAGAUACUGAAUGGAAAACUCCAUUGUGUGUUGCUGGACUGUUUUGGAAAUAUUUGGUCAAAUGUGUGUUAAUUUGGCUGUAAUGGCAUUUAAAGCAAACAAACAAACAAAAAAAAAAGCUGUGAAAAUGGCCUUGGAGCAUUAUCUUUAGUUACUUGAAGAGUUUCUAGUUUUGUUUUGUUUUUUAAAUACAGUUUAUGUUAAAGUAAUUUUUAUUAAUUUAGAAAAGACAAUCAAUGUCUGUGAGAAAACGGACUUUCUUUUGAAUUUUCUUUUUGUGGUCAUUGUGAGUGAUUCCUUUUUCCUCUUAGUUUCACCUUCUUCCUUUGUUCUAAAACUUAGACUGACAUCUAGCUUUGACAAUCAUAGUAUGUUUUAUUUUCCUGAGGGGGGAAUAACUUAUAAUGCUGUUUAGUUUUGUACUGUUGGUGUGUUGGUGAAUUUUUAAACUGUGUGCUAACUGCAAUAAAUUAUAUGAACUCA